ACGUUGCAAAGUUGGUAGUACGUAAAUGAGUUUGAAGCUAUUAUUUUGAUAUCGUGAAAAUAAUUUUUUGUAAAUAAAUAAAUAUGAUAGUAAUUUAUCAAAUAGCAGAAAUUUUAAUAAAAAAUGGAACAACUGGAAGACGACCCCGUUAUCCUAGAUGAAAGCCAAUGCUAUUUAGUCUUGAAAUGCUUUGUGUGUGACCACGCUUUUGAUGAAGGAGAAGAGUCUUUGUUUUUAUUUAAUUGUCGUGUGGAAGAAAAAAGUCAAAUUGAAUAUUCGGUAUCAACAAUUCUGUCAAAUAUACUAGGUUUUCAUAUUAACGAAUCAGAUACGCAUUCACGGUUCCUUUGUACUUCAUGCUAUGACGACUUGCUAAAUCAUGACAGACUUGAACAACAAUUAUUUGAGCUACGAAACAGUAUUAUACGUAUGUAUAAUGUUACUGCAAAACGACUUGGCCUGGCAAUUGUACCAACCGACUUAAAUGACGCAUUAGAAAUGCCAUCUGCUAAUGAAAUUCUCUUAGAUAUUGGACUGGAACAAAAACGAGAUACUAAACCUAACUUUGCAAAUUUAAAUCACAAAUUUGAAGGUAGCAUAAAUCAAGCUACAAAUACUGAGUUGCCAGAAGCUCAGCAGUUAUUUAUAAAAGAGGAGCCGCAAAGGUUUUUUAGUGAAAUUCGAGGGGAAAAUUUACAAAACAAGAAAGAAACUCAAUUGAUUUUACCUGAUAGCUUAAAUCUUCAUUAUGCCAUAAAUAUACCAGUUGGUUUAGUAGAUGAAUCUAUUGAUGAUCUUAUUGUUUACGAUAAUAGUAGUGAUCAAACUUCUUUAAUUUCUUCAGCCUUGAACUAUAACCAAAAUAACGAGAGUAAUACCUGUCUACCAGACUAUGUAGAUAAUUGUAAAGAUGAUUUGGUUGUAGUAGUUGACAUGGACCAAAACCAUGAACACGAGCAUACUGUAAAAACCUUACUAGUGUCCGAAGGAAAUUCUAAACACGAACUAAAGUACGAACGAAAUAGCAAUAAUUAUUGUUGCUUAACCUGUAAUGUAGCUGAAGAAUUUGAUGCUGAAUCAUUUGUGGAACACAUGCUUUCCGUUCACAGUAUACAUUUUUUCAUUUGUGAUAUAUGUAAUGUUGGUUUCACAAAUAAUCAAGAUCUCCAUCAACAUUUAGAGGAACACUAUAAAAAACUAUCAAAUGGGGCUCAGUUAGAGUGUAAUGUUUGUACAAAAAAAUUCGAAAAUCCUCGUCAAUAUCGUAUUCACAAGCGAAUGCAUGGCAGCUUUGGGAAAGUGCACGAAUGUGUUGAAUGUCAUAAACAAUUUAAUUCAAAGAAGGUGUUGGAUGAGCACAUGAAUAUUCAUACUGGGUUACGUCCUUUUAAAUGCAAUCUUUGCCCAAAGGACUUCGCUUCAAAAUACACAUUGCAAACACAUGUGAAAAUUCAUUCUGAACGAUUACGACCUUUUGAGUGCGAUGAAUGUGACAAAACGUUUAUGCAUCACCAAAAUUUAGUUCAGCACAAAAAACUGCAUACAAACACGAAGGAUUUCGUAUGUGAUAUUUGCAAUAAGGCGUUUUUCACGAAACAUAAUAUGGAAUUCCAUAAAGUUAUUCAUACUUCAAAUCGUCCGUAUAAUUGCACUACAUGCGAAAAAUCGUUUGCUAGAAGAAAUGAAUUAAGAGAUCAUGAACGGAUACAUACUGGCGAAAAACCGUUUAAAUGUGACAUAUGUUCUACGUCAUUUGCACAACGUUCGAAUUUAAUGUCACAUAAAAAAUCAACACAUUUCAAUGAAAAAACACACGAGUGUGAAAUCUGUCAUCGUUCCUUUAAACGUCGACGUUUACUGGAUUAUCAUAAAAAAGCUGCACAUACAGGUGAACGUCCGUACAAGUGCGAUAUGUGUGGUUCGGGAUUUGUUUACCCCGAACAUUUUAAGAAACACAUGCGAAUACAUUCAGGAGAGAAACCUUACGAAUGUGAAGUCUGCGGUAAAAGAUUUAGUAGUAGUGAUAACAGAAAUGCACAUCGCUUUGUGCACAGCAAUAAAAAACCUUAUGAGUGUAUGGAAUGCGGUGCUGGAUUCAUGCGAAAACCAUUCUUGCUUGCGCAUCUCAAGCAAACGCAGCAUAUCAGUGAGACUAUCAUAGUUAAUCAACCUCAAAUACAGGGUACAAGUUACCUUGAGUUAUUCGAUAAUUUGGUAGAAAGUGCAGUAGAUCCAUUAGAUGAGUUAAUAGAACAUGUGAAGGAAGAAUAUGAUGAAAUUGAUGUGCAGGAUACGAAUAUAUAAUGGCUUCUGUAGAAACGCAUAUUGUAACCUAAAUUGGUCAAAUACCCCUGUGUGCGGUGUGCUAUUUAGUUACGUACAAAUCUACGUAUCAAAAAUCAAAAUACAAACGUAAAUAUUUUUUUCAUAUUUUCUAAUAUUAUUGUGAUUAUUUUUUUAAAUAAAACAAAUGUACAAUUCAAUGUUCAUUAACAAACAAUA